GCAUGCGUGGACCGCGUCGUCGUCUGGUGCCUCCUGCUGGCCGAACAGCGAUACUGCAGGCAGAAAGGCGCCGCAGCGGCCCUUCUCUCUCUGCUCCCACCUGCUGACAAAAAAGGGGUACUGCAGGUGGAGAGGCGCCGCGCAUGCGCUGUAGACGUGACCAGGCGUCCUGCCCCUCAACACGCCUGGAGUCGUGGUCUUUGCACUCCGGACUUCCAGACGGCCAUGCUGGCUUCUGGGGCAUGCCGGGAAACGUAGUUUCGCAUUGCCGCUCGGCUUCCAGGCCAAAAGCGGCCCGUUGUUCAGGGUAGUUAUUUCCUCCCCGAGACGGCGUGUGGUGCGUUUUUCUGCCGUUUCCAUGUGUGGCUUUCCGCAUGGUUCCCGCUGCUUCCAUCACCAAGAAAACGGUUUGGGAAGCCCUGCCUGCCGUUCUCAGCACCAUCGCGGUCGGCGGCUUCCGGGGAAACGGACCUUUGUGCGGGGCAGAGGCUGCGUCGUGCCAGCCCUGCGCUCCGCGGGUGAAGCUGGGAGAAAAGGGGCGGGGAAGGGAGGGGCGGGAGCGAGGAGGGGAACUGGGGGGAGUGCGUUCGGGAGUCCCCGCGGAGUCAGGAGGGCUGCUCCAUCCCGCGGCAUGCUGGGAGCUGUAGUCCUGUGUGCCAGGCAGCCGCGUUGAUUGCUGCACAGCUACUGUGUUGUCACUGUCGCUUUGGCUCGCCUAAGGUGUGCCACGCCCCUGCAUAUUCUCUUGGUGGGUGACAGCUGAGCCUCCGGAUCCUUACAAAGGAGGAAGCCUGGGGAGACAGUGAGCGAGAAGCAUGAGAACCACAAAAUCCUCCCUGCAGUGUCUGGAGCAGAAGCUGCAUUUCCACAGAGCUCAGAAAAAGCAAAGAGACAGGAUGGAAUUCUGAGAAAGACAUCAGCUAAACUGCAUUGAGGGAGAGGAAGGAGUACGGUCCAAUUGAUUCCCAUCCCUUUACUUAGCAGAUGUGCCCUUACACAGCUUGGAGUAAGCACCUGUGAGGUGGAAGAAGCCUUCUCGGCUCAUACAAAUCCAGAACAGCAUCACUUCCUGGAAAACAGAGAUCGGGUGUACGUACAACGCUGCCAAAGGAAUUUUCAUGCUGCCAUGACAAGGAAAAGAACCACACGGCCGUUCACUCUAGCCACCUGCCAGGUUAAACCAGCAUAAGAAUGCAGAUGGGAAAGAGUAGAAUGCGCACCUCCUUGUUUGGCUUUCAAAAGGAAACAGACUAACAAAUUAUUCUAGCGAACAGUGUAAUUGUGCAAGUUCUCCUGACUUAGGGAACUUGUCAGGAUUACUGGUCUUCUCUUUCUAAUGUUAUUUUUCGUUACACUCACUGCAAACCCUUGCUGAAUUUGAAAAAGUUACAGAGAGGUCACCUGUGAUGUCUUUGUGUAUCUCUGGAAAGGGGGAUGCGUUGCAUGGAGGUGCGACUCUUUCUGUAAUCUCUUGUCAAAAACUUUCUGGUUAGCGUGUUCUUCAGCCUGUUGGUUACGAAUGUCCUGCAGGGGUGUCUGCCAUUCCCACGAUAGGGAUAGCUGCAGAGCGGGUACUGAGAGGGAAGGAGCUUCAAGUGACAGCUGAUGUCACUGUUAAGAGUACUGUGGGAGCAGCCGGGGACAGGACAUGGAAGGAGAACUCGAUGAGAAGGAGCUGCUCUGGAAGGUGGAGGUGGGCAGUGACCCGAGAGCAGCAAAAUACACAGGGAAAGAUGCAGGGGGGAGGGAGAUGUUAGGAGAGGUGGAGCAACUGACAGGAGCAACUUUUCCCUUUCCUAUGGAGGGAGAUGAUGAUCUGAAAUCUGACGUAAAGAAAUGCUUGCUGUUUGCCGUUCAGGCUGUAAAGUCACUCAUCUUCCUGAUAACAGCUGCAUGCACAUGGUGUUGCAGGCUGUGAAUGCCUGGGCAGGGAUCUCUCUGUGUGGGGUGGCGAGUCCCUGGGAAAGCCAUCAUCUGCUGAAAGAAAGCCUGGGAGUACUUCUCAGAGGGAAGAAGCCUUCAGCGUAUGGGGACCCCUAACUUGUGCACUGAGCAUGCAAGACAAACAUCUGUGGCAUGAAGACUGAGGACAGCUUCUCAGAGCUUCAACAUCAGCUCUUCUCCAGGAAGCCGUGCCUGCUGCUCAGCUUCCGCGCAUGCGCGGAGCUGGCCGGCUCAACAGCAGCGAGAGGCGGGCGGCACUGCAGGGCCGGCGCUGCACAUGCGCAGUAGUGUUCCUGCCCGCGGCAAGAUAGCGGCGACCUUCUCCAGAGCUGGAGCCGCGCCGGGCUCGGGGCUCGGGCUCGGCUCAGGACAGGACGGGAUGCCGAGGCGGGGUGCCGCGACGAGGUUGAUGGUCGGGGCCGUCCUGGGAUGGCGCGCAGGGCAAGGCGGCGGUCGGGAGCACCGCGUGGUCGGCGGUUUCUGGGGAAAGGGCCCUUGUGUGGGCGGGGGCCGUGCCGGGCCGGACCGGACCAGACUAGACAUGCUAGGAGGUCUGGCGGCCAGGGUGAAAGAGCGGCCUGAGGCGGCGGCGGGGAUGGGGAGGAACGAGCUGUGAGAGGUGGUGGGGUGGUGUGUGUGGCAGAGUCCCCGCGGGGUUGGGUGGGCUGCUCCAUCUCGAGGCAUGCUGGGAGCUGUCGUCCUGUGCUGCUGGGCGGCCAUGUUAUUUCCAGGGCGCGUGGCUGCGGGGUGGUCUUUCCCUCAGCUGGGGCCAGGUCGUGCGCGUCGGGAGGCACGGGCUCCUGCAGGCUGCGUGUGUGGUUGCCAGCGGUAAGACGACCGAGAGCCUUUGUGGGUGCCUCCUGGGAGCAUCUGUCUGGGAGGGGUGGGGGGUGCAGUGGCUGGGAACAGGUCCUUGCUGCAUUUGAUUGUUGUACUGUGUCUCGGAGGUUUUCCUCUCCCUAUUUCUGAAAACCAGUUCUCUCCUUUCUCUGCGGUUCACCAUAGCAGAAGCAUCUCCCUGCCGCUAGGACUCCUGUGAGGUUUAUUGGUGAGCGAAGCUGACACACUGAGUAAAAUGAGAAAAGCUGCAGCUGAUAUGCUGCAGUUACAGGUUUCCCAGGAGAAGGAGUAGCCUGUCUGUCCUGACUGUAUAGGUAAGUCACAGCAACCUUGAGGUGAACUCCAAGUGUGCUCUUAAUCUUUCCGUGUCCCAGACUCAAAGGCUUAAUUGAAUUUGCAGGACUGCGAACGGCUCGGAGCUGGGAAGUGCAAAGGAAAGCUGCAUAGUGCCUGCGAAGUUGUAGUAACUUCUUAGAACUAGAAUUAGUUGGCCUGUCAAACUCUUUGUUGCUCAGUCUUUGGUACGAGAGGCUAAACUUUGUCCCACUUCAGGUUUAAGAAUUAUCACAGAAAUAAGCAAAUGCUUGUAGGGCUUUCCAGUAUGGUAGUUGUAGUUGGUCACGAAAAACUUGUGAGGAAAUUUCUUUUUAUCUAUCUAUUUAUUGUGUCCAAAGAGUUUAGCUUGAACUGUGUGCCAUAAAAGAGGUCUAAGGCACAUAUUGAACAGCAAGAGAAAGCAAAUUUGCCGGAUAAGCGCUGGCUGUGGCAAAGUUGAUUGGGAAUUGAGUGGUUGGGGGUCUUUCCAACAGAACUUGGUACGCAGACAGAAAUGGGACCUUUGAGGCCCUUGUCUGUCUUCCAUUGAAGCUGUGGCAUUUGACCCAUAACUGUAUGGAGUUGCUGUAUCCUAGAGGGAUAAUAGAGACGUCCCUGGUUCAACUUUUACCACAGUCAUUGCAGUGUUUGUUGCUAUACUGCUUGGCUCUUCUGUAAAGAUGUAUAUCUGGGGAUGCAUUACCUUAAAGGUGCUGAUGUUCUCCAUCAUGGGUAAAUCAGAAGACUUUGUGGCUAGAGAAGAAUGGCAUGGACAUGUUACUUCUCUCUCUGUUGCACGUGAAUUUCAACAGCUCGUUUAGCUGUCGUGUUGAUGGAACUCCUGGAAGAAAUUUUGGAAAAGUUUAUACUUCUCCUUAAAAAUUAUACCUCUCUUUAAAUUCGUUUUUUAAAGUAUUCUUUCUGCAGAUUCCUGUCUGUGGUUUAGGUACUUGAUUUGCAUGAAACAGACCCAGACUUUUCUAUUCAAUAGUGUCCAGAUUGAAAUUCCCUGUAGUCGUAGAACAAGAAUUAUAAAUGAUGCUUUGCAGAUUAAAAUCUCUUGGUUUCUACGAGGGUUAACUUGCCAAAACGAAUAGGAAGUAGCCUAAAUUUCAGUAAAGAUGCUGAAUAAAAGGUCUUCUCGAUAGGAAAAGAGCUUUGCAAAACAUAAACUGUGUUUCCAAGGCCUCCCUAUGUAUUAGUUCACUAAUUGUAGGCUUUGAGUGGUCCCCUCGGGUACAAUAUUGUACGAAUGUUAUGCUGCAGACAGUACCUUAGCUUACUUUCCUUAACAUCCUGGGUUACUUGUACUUGCAGAAAAUUUACUUCAGCAUCAAAUAAGCAAACAGGGAAACAUCCCCAACUCAUGCCAGUAGGACAAUCCCCUUAUGGCUGGUAAAAUCCAAAAGUUGAAUGAUGCUUUGAAGAACUUACCUAUUGAGGAGAAGGGUUAUAUCCUGUUAGGCAACAGAUUUUUGAGAUUGGUUCCCAUGCAUGCCCACCCCCCCCCCCCAUGCAUUUAGAAGGAGGCAGUCCUUAAGCCAAUGCAAUCUAAAUGCAUCUAAACUGUAGAUUGUUAUUUCCAUAUAAUACAAAUUAAUGUAUUUUUUUAAAUUGAGGCUCGUGUGUGUUUGGCUUGUACCGAUAGCUGGUGUAGUGCUCGGCACAAGUAUUGUUUGGUCACAUGACCAAUAUUGGAUUUGUCCCUUGGUAAAGGACCACAUCCCGUUAUGUUCAGCUUUUCUUUCUUACCGUGUCUUAUUUGUUUUUUUCUGAAAGAAAGGGUGGAUUUUUCAUUGAUAUCUUUGUGAGAAUAUCAAAUCUGCCUGCAGUAAAUAUUUAUAAGCAAGUAGACUACAGUGUGUACUGGACAGUAUUAGAGUACUAUUCUGCCUGCUAGCAGUGGAGAGCCAGAUGAAGAUAUCCACAGUAAGGGCUUGUUCUGCCUCAAGUUGAAUGGAAAGAUUCUGAUGUUAAGCAUCCCAGGGAAUGUUUCUAGGACGGUUUUUAUACAAUAAAAGUUCAGAUGGUUGUCAAUGAAUGGGAUUCUGUUUGCUCUUUUAGAUAGCUAUUCCUUCUGAAGAUCACAUCGGUUACAAAAUGUUACCAUGAGGUUUAUACAUUUUGUAGCAUCUGUAGCAAAAUAAACUGGCAGAUGAUUAAAUUAGCAGGUACAAAUACAUAUUAUUCUAUAGAUAAGAUUAAAUAACAUGCAGUUACUUCUCUGUUUCAUCUUUCAAAGCAUGUUCUUGCUGAGUGCCUGAGCUUUUUGCUCACAUUAUUGAGGAAAGGAAUGGCUGUGCCUCUUGCCUCUUCCCCCCUUACCCCUCUUUUUUUUUCUCUUCUUCCUCGAUAACAGGGACUUAAAAUGUCUUUCUCAGAUGUCCAAAUGAAAAUUUAAAAAAAUGGUAAUGGUCAACACUGACAGAAUUGGGUGACAUUUUCAAGGUAAAGGGUAAAGAACGUGGAAAUUUCUAGUAUGUUAAUGUUACUCUGUUAACAAAACUGAUGUACUAGCUGCUUAAUAUUUCUAUUUUUUGUUUCCCUUUAAGUAUUCCCCACAAAGGCUUUUGUGGACGCGUUGUGUAUCUUUUCUGUUCUUCCACUAUUCAUUUGUUAUGAAAGAUUAUGAAAUACAAGGGCUGUGGACAACCAUCUACCGUUGUUGCAGAUGCACCCCUGUGUGUUCUCUUGGUUGGGUGACAGCUGAGCCUCCAGAUUCUUACAGAGGAGGAAGCCAGGGGAGAGAGAGAGCGAGCGAGAAGUGUCUGAACCGUGAAAUCCUCCUGGCGGCGCCCAGAGCGGGAGUUGUGGUAAGCACCAGGUCCCUGGGGCUGUGUCCCUCCCUGCUCUGCAUCCCAGGCUGCCUUUGCUCGCCUUUCUAUCUGCAACCCUUCCCUGUCCCGUCUCCUCUUAGCCCAUCUGUCUGUUUGGCCUGCUUUUCAUUCCUCUUCUGUGUCCUGCUUGUUUGCUCUCUGUAUGGCCCACUUCCCAUCUGCAUGUUUUACUGCGUCCUGUUCCCUGUCCUUUUUCCUCUGUGUUGCUGCCUUUCCCAGGUUCUUUCUUCUCUCUAUCCUGCUCCCCUCCCCCACUUCCCCUUCCUCUCUCUGCUCAUCCUAGGCUUUUCCUUCUCUGUCCUUGUCGUUCUUUUCCCCACUCUGUCCUUCGUUCCGUCUUUCUCAAUUACAUGCCAACUCUCCCCUGCUAGUGUGUCACUACCCUCAUCUGCCCUGCUCUUUGCUCUUGUGGUCCUUCUGCUCCUUGUCCUACCCAUCUGCAUGUCUCUGUCCAAUGGCCUCUGCCAUUGUGCCAUCAAGCCCUCUGUCCAGCUUGCUCACCUUUUUCUUUCUGUGCCUCUGUCCUUCUCCCCUUCCCUUGACGCUCUUUUGCCAUCUCAACCCUGCUGCACACUGCUCUCUCCUUUCUCAUCUCUGUCCCGUUCUGAGACCCCUCAGUCUCAGUGCUCCGGUGUUCUCCCCCUGCCCGCUCCCUCUAAGAACUUCAGUUCUCCAUCUCUCAGUCCUGUUGCCCCAGCAGUAUUUGAUUUUUCUCAAUCUUUCUUUCCUGCUCCUUAGGCUCUUCACUGAGAGGGUUGUUGCGCACUGGAACAGGAUCCCCAGGGACAUAGUCACAGCACGAAGCCUGUCAGAGUUCAAGAAGCGCUUGGACUGUGCACUUAGUCAUAUGGUCUGAAUUUUUGGAUAGACCUGCGUGGAGUCAGGAGUUGGACUCAGUGAUCCGUAUGGGUCCUUUCCAACUCGGGAUGUUCUAUGAUUGCAUGAUUCUAUUUAUCUCUCAAUUUCUUUCUGUCAGUUUUUUCCCACUUUGUCUAUCUCUGCUUUUCUGUGUUGUUACAUCCUGUUCCGCUCUACUGUUUCGAUUGUGCUUCCUUGCUCUCCACCCCUCUAUUUCAGUCCAUCUGUUGUGCUCCCUGUCCCCUUUCCCAGUCAAACCCCAUGUCCCUGUGCUGGCCUUUCUCUGCACCCCACAACCCCCAUGAUUCUCUCUCUCUCUCCCUCUUUCUCAUGCCUCCCUGCCCUCUAUUCCUCUGUCCCAGUUCCUGUCCCUUUCCUCGUCUUUGUCUGCCUCAAAGCAUAUCCCAGUUAUUCCUUAGCUUACUUUUCUCUGUCACUAUGUCCAGCUUCCCCUGCCCCUGGUGUUUCCUGAUACACCCCUCCCUGUCCCUGUGUUUAUUCUCGCUUCUGGUCCCUCUCUGUUCUGCUUCCUGUCCUUGUCUUUUCUGUCUCUCUCCCUGUGCCGUUCCCUAUUUCCUCCUUUCUCACUAGACCCCCCAUGUUCAGCCUCUGACUUCCUUUCUCCAUUGCUCGGUCCUUCUGGCCAGUGCAGUUGUGCCUCUGUUCUGCUCCCUGUCCAAUCCUCUUGAUCAUCCCUGUCCUGCUCCCUAUGUGGUUCUAUCGCUCUGCCCUGCUGUCUGUCCAUUUUCUUGCUGCCUGUGUCCUUUUUCUUUGCCCUUCCUCCUUUUGUGCUUCAGAGCCCAUGGCUGCAGGAGGCAACUAUUCCCUGCGGGAUGGAUGGACAGAGGGAGUGAAGCUGCUCAAUGCUGGAGCCCUGUGCCCCCCCACCCCCAGGGGAAGGGGAGAACGUAUGGGCAGAGAACCCUACCACAGCCUCCCUCUGGGGAGUCCUGCGCAUGAGUUAAUAAAGUGUUUUC